CUUGCCAUCUCCAGCACAAAGGCACUGAAAAACGGGUGUAAUUUUGGUGCAUAAGUGUCAGUGAUACCCGAAAAGUGCUUAUAGUGCUAAAUUCCGCGAGCCAAACAUGGUUGUCUGCACAGCCACGAAGCCCUCGGAAACGAGGCAGUUGCCCGCGAUGAUGAAGGAGCACCCAGAACUGAUAGAUAACCGCGCGAACCCUGAACCUGGUGACCCUGUCGAUGAAGGAGGGGUCGCUGAGGAGGAUCGUGAGGAGGGGGAGAUUGUCGAUGAAUUUGAGCUGAUCAUUUCGUCUGAGGACGAGGAGUUUAAGCUGCGCGCCCGCAUCCAGCAACUUGAGGAGAACAACAAGGAUGUGGAGCGCAUGGACAUGCUAUCCGCCAACUUGGCGCAUGAAUACAAUUACCCAAAUCCUGAGCCGCGAUUGCCUUCCUACCGACAAAAGUCGCCCGUUCUAAUACUGUCGGAUGUGUCCAGCCAGUCGGAGGACGAGUUUGAGGCUCAGCGCAAGUAUCGGAAGCAUAAGCUGCGACGCGUGGAGCUUGGCAAAAGGCAUCAUAGUUCGUUGCUUAGUGACUACCGCAGAAAUCCCUUUGCCAGACGCCACAAACAGUUGCCGCCACCACCUCCGGUGACCACGCAGCGCCGGCGUCAGACCUAUCAUCACCACCAACAGCCCAGUCAUCAGCAACAUCGCCAUCAACAGCACUACACACUGGAAGAUUCUCUGGAAAGCGACGGCGAGCUGGGCGAGUACGAUAUGAACGAGGACAAUGAGGACGACGAGAUAGACCUUCAAAGACUCAAACUGAGCAGGGAUAAGUUGCGGGUGGCCUUGGCGCGGGAGGACGGGCGGGAUUUCGUUAGUCAGUACAAGAACAGCCUAAGGGAGCGACUGCAGUACCGCAUGCACAAAUCUCCCAGUCCUCCUCACAGAAAAAAAUAUCAGCAGGAAGAGGAACUUCCUCUGCCACCGCUGCAGGCACUCUCAGACGACGGCGAGGAGGAACCCGAACAGGAGGAGCAACAGGAUGAAGAUCCUGCCGAGCUGAAGCUGCGACUGAUAGCCCUUAAAUCUGCCAUAUUGAAAAAGCAUUUGGCGCGAAAAAAGCGAGAUGCGGAGCGAGCCUAUUCGCCCACUGAUAUGAUAAAUCGAGUGCAUCCCGCCAUUUCCAAUGACGAUAUCGACGACCUCAUGGAGAUCAGUCCGGCAGCAUCGCCAGAACGAGAACAAAGUCCGCCCAGAUACUCAACAGACUACGCCGUGGACACCAAGCCCGUUGAUAUGGAACUGGCUGAAACGGACAGCGAUGAUCAGAAUAAGGAUGUGUGGAUUCCAUGGUCAAACAACUGGAAUUCCAUUGACAACGCAGGCGGCAGUUGGCGCUGCUUUUACCCCAACAAUCUGCCGCCCGUUUCGAUGCCCAUUGUGAUAGACGACGAAAAUGAGGAAGAUAUGAAGAUGGAUGAUCGGAUAAGAAGAGAGAAUAUGGCUUAUUUCGACGACGACGAAAUACCGCCGCCGCCACCACCCUUUCACAUUCCUCAGAUGCAUCUGGAGGACGAGGAUGCCCGAGAUGCCAUGCACCUGGUCGAUCAGCAUUCCAAUCACAGUUCUAUUACGGAGAUGCAGUCUGUUUCUAUGGAGAACUCGCAAACACAUUUGAGGAGUCUGGACCGAUCUCAACCAGACUCGAGUGACGACGAGGCGGGAGCAUUGCGAGCUAUUUUGCUAUCCAAUUUACGAUCGUGCAAGCCACCACCACCACCUCCUCCAACGACUUCUCCUCAUGUAGCUUCCUGCUUAGUUUCUGCUCCGGUUCCAGCUGCUGUACCAGAUUCUAUUACAUCCCCUGUUUCAGCUCCUGCGCUUGCUCCUGUACCUGUUCCGCCUCCUUCACCGGUUCCCGCUCCUGUUUCUGGUAGUGUUCCUGGUCCUGUGGCUCAACUUAAAGAGGAAUCAAACCAGGAAAAUGAUUCAGAUGAUCCAGAGGCGUUACGUUUAUUGCUCCUUUCUAGCAUAGCUGGUAAAAAGCGGGCUAGUGGCUCCAAAUCCAAAUCAGGUUUAAGUCCAGAGAUACUCAAGAAUGCUGUGAGGCGCUUCCAAACCACGGAACUAUCAAUUAAAGAUGAGGACGAGUCACAGGAUCAGCAGCCAAUUCUGGAAGAUAGUACUAAACUAGAAGAAAGUACUAAAAUAGAAGAGAGUACUAAGCUUGAAGCAGAAAACGAGAUAAUAAAUCAGCCUGUUGUGGAGCCUAUUCAGUUGGAAGCUGCUCCCAUCCACAAGGAACCCGUUGAGUCCCCACAGCCAGUUACCAAACUUGCCAUACAGGUCAAACAGCAGACCUCACCCUCCACUAAAAUCAUCAAGAUUAUCAAGCCCAACAAGGUGAUCAACAAAAAGACAACGACCAAGCGGAAGUUACCAACUAAUGAGGUAUCUGGGUCAGAUUUGAGCGUUAAGCGGCCAACAACAUUAAUGAUCAAAGAGCCCAGCGCACCACUGCAUAGUCAGACCGUUAUCACAUCCAGCACUCGCCUCAUUACCACCGUAGAUCCAGCCAGCAUCAAGGUAAAUAAGCUAAUCAUUAGCUUAGCAGAGGAGUCUGCCGCCAGCGAUGAUGACCUGGAGCUGAGUUCGAGCUUUGCUUAUGCAAAUACAGACAUUGCCAGCCCUUUAAGUUUGGCGAUGGGCAGCUUUAGUGGCUCCACCACUAGGUCAAAUACUCCCAUAUCCGAGAUUGCAGAAACGGCUCCCAGUGCUAACAACAAUCUCAGGCGAACUGUGAUUAAUGAAUACUUUGAAAAGAAGAUCGAUGAUUUCCUGAAGCAAGCUAGAUCCAAGGCUCCAGUGUCUAACUCACCAGAGGCGGAGCCAGAAAAAAUUCCUGAAAAGCCCAAAGUUGAAGAGAAGCAGCCAACAAUUAUUCCUACCCCAAAGGCACCGCCGGCUAAAACAACUCCAGUGGCUGUUCGUCAUUUACCAGUGGCAUCGCAGAAGGAAUACCUCCGAUUGAUCGAGCGUAUGCAAAUGCUGGAGCAGAAGAAGGUUCGGGCACCCAAAUCAGCAGCUCCUGCCCCCAAAAGCAAAGUGCCUACUCUGGAGAAACCAUCGCCCAACAACAGCUCGUCGCCAACCACGGCGAAAGUUGUGCACAAUCCAGCAAGUGCCACCAUCACCAUUAAAGCUACCUCAGAAUCUGAGAACCCGCUAGUUAAAGAUACGGACUCAAAAUCACCAAAACCAAAAGCCAAGCUGAAUCAACCGUCCAAGGAGAGUCGAUUAAAGGCCUUUGAGAAUUCAUUUAUCAAGAUUGGGGGAAGCAUGCUAGUUAAUCUGGACAAAUCGCUGCAGAUGGUCGAAGAGGCCAAAAAGUCAAAGGCAAUACGUUUGCGAUGCUCACAGCGUCUCAAAGAACUUUACGCCGAAAUGCAGACUGUUAAGCAUGCAGUCAAACAGGAGGAACUUAAGCUGGCAAGGAUUCAGCCGGAGAUUCAGGCCAGCCAUGAGAUCAUCAUAUCACUCAAGCAGAAACGUCACAAACUCUAUACGGCGGCUAUGGACUUGGGCCGUGGAUUAAGGGGCGCUGACUACAGGUUACUCGACGAGGGCAAGGUGGCCAUAACCAGCAAAUCUACACAACUCACCAAAGAGAUACGUCUCUACAAUUCCAUAGUGAAGUACGAAGACCUCAAAAAGUUGACUGAUGCGAGGGACAGUCAGCCAAAUACUGUGAUCGAAAUGGAAUCAAAGACGAAUCCAAAUGAGGGGCCAAAAGAUGUGAAGGUGCUGAAUCCUCAGGAUCCCACAGCCUCCGAACCUACUCAACCUGCCACACAACCUGAGAUCGGUAAACAACCCGAAACGGAAACAGAGCCUGCGAUUGGAAGCCAACCUGAAAAGGAGACAGAGACUCCAGAUGAUCAGGCGCAGGAUAAACCAAAAAGUGUUUCCAUUAAGACCUCAGCACCCUAUACGGUAACCACCAUGCGAGAACUGCGCGAGGAGCAGGCCAACGAGCUUCAUAGGGAUGGCUAUUUAGGGACCUAUCAAACGCCGAUGUCCAGGAACUACAAUAGCCACCUCGAUGUCCACGCCACCAUCUGCCCCUUCGAUCUGAUGGGUCGCUGCGAGGAUGCGGACUGCUCCUACCUGCAUUUAGCCCGCCCCGACUUCCAAAACGAGCUGCCAAAGACAAACCUCUCUCUCAAUAACUAACAACAAACAAAACUCACUAAAACACUAAAAGUAUACAUAACCCGAAAAAAACAUUUAAUAGCGUGCUUGAAUUCUGGUAAGUUGAACUCUUCACGCGACUUAAUAUUUAAAUGUUGCUUUCAGUCAACGUUAAAAAGAAAGAAACCCACAAAUCAAAUGCCAAGCAGACGAAGAAAGCAGCCGCCGAAGCAGCGAGUGCAAAACCAUAAAAAGAGAAAAAAACAAAGAAAAAAACAAUCGUUACUAGGUUGUACCUUGUUUGUUAUAUACAUUUAUAUAUAUAUAUAUCGUGUAGUGAAAGUUCUUCGUUCGCCGACGCUCGAAAACGUUUUUUCGGGCUAAAGUUUGAACGGAUGUGCAUCCUAACUUUCGCUUAUGAUUUUGUAAUUUUUUUAAUUUAAACGAUUUUUAAACAACCUCGCCAUAAAUGAAUGCAAACAAUUAGAACUGCAUAAAUCCUUAAUUUCAAUACGCGAAGCCUAUAAAUACUUUAUUUGAAUGCCAUUAAAUAUAGUUUUCGUAUCGCAGAGUA